GGCUAAGACACGUGGUGGCGGCCGGCCGGCUGUGGCGUCAUAGGCCGCGUCAGCCGCGUCCCCGGCCGGCGGAAUGUUGUGCGCGCCGCGCCGCUCGGCGCCGGCGCCAGUCUAGCGAGAGCUGCCGACGGGUGAGGGCCGCCGCCGGCCGACGUACAGUGUGGAGCGCCGCGCCGCCGCCGACCGGCCAGACGCGCUGCGGUGUAUGCGGCCGCCGUUCGGAGCAGUGACUGAAGUGGAGAGUUCCUGUGAGACAGCGUCCAGUGACAGAACCGGACCGACUACACCGCGGAGACCGGCCCCGGAGGAGCCGCGUCGUCCGGCGCCUGAGAGCGUCCAGAGUGUGUGUGUGCAGUGCUGCCCGGUGUGGGCGAUGACGCCCUGAGAUGGGCGAUGACGUGCUAGAGGCGGCGGCCGGGGCGCGGCUGGCGCCGUGCGCGCCGCCAAGCCCCGGCGGGGAGGCCCGCUGCGGCGGCUGGUGUCGACUGGGCCAGGCGUCGCCCUGCUGCAGUCACACGGUGUCGGAGGCGACGGCCGCGGUCGGCCGCGGCGCCAGAGCCGCCCAGGUGCCCGGCGGCGAUGGCCGGCCGACCUCCUCCGUGACGCUCGGACGGGCGCCGCGCGCCCUCCGGCUGCCGCUCUGGGGCCUCCUGGUGUUGAUGUGCGUAGGUGUGUGUGGUGCCGCGGCGGGCGGGGACCUCUUUGACUCUGGCCAAAUGGAGCUCGAGCGGCAUCCACACGUGGGAAUUCGACACCGACGCAGCGUGAACAACAUGACAGUGUGUCCGUCAAUCGACAUUCGCAAGAGCUUCGACAACGUGGAGGAAUUGGAGGACUGCGACGUCAUCGAGGGUCACCUGAAGAUGGUGCUGAUCGGCGACGCGGCCGUGCCGGUGCGGUUUCCGCGCCUCAAGCAGGUCACUCACUACGUUAUCUUCUACAGGGUGCAGAGCGUGCAGUCGUUUUCGGAGAUGUUCCCCAACCUGGCCGUCAUCCGCGGCCACCAGCUCUUCAGCGACUACGCCCUAGUGGUGUAUGAGAACCAGCAGCUACGCGACCUCGGUCUCAUCGGCCUGACGCGCAUCAUGCGCGGCACGGUGCGCAUCGAGAAGAACCCCUACCUCUGCUACCUGGACACCAUCGACUGGGAGCGGCUCACCGGCCGAAAGGGCAUGGUCAUACAGGAUAACGCCGACGCUCAGGAGUGCACCAGUCUCGGCCGCGUGUGCAUGAACUCGUGUGCCAACUCGACGGGUGUGGGGCGGACCUGCUGGAACCAGCAGCACUGCCAGACGCUGCAGUUCAAAAACUGUCACCCGUUCUGCGAGGGCGGCUGCACCCACACUGGCGUGCGCCCUUCCCCGCGUGACUGUGUCACCUGCAAGGAUGUCGUACUCAACGGCGAAUGCAUGGAGAACUGCCCCAAGGACACAUUCCUGUAUGAGGGCUGGCGCUGCAUCAGCAUGGAGGAGUGCAUCAAGAUGACGGACGGCACGAAACGGUUCAAAGCGCACAUGGGCCAGUGUGUGCUCGACUGUCCGGCCGGCUUCACUGCCAAACUCGACAAGGACGACCGAGAAGUGGGCGUUUGCGAACAGUGCAAAGGUCUCUGUCAGAAGUGGUGCCAGGGUGACACGAUGCUCAACUCGAUCCGCGAUGUGGAACAGAUGAAGGGCUGUACGCACAUCAACGGCUCACUGCGCAUCCAGGUGUCUGGAGAAAACAUCGUCAAGGAGCUGGAGGAGAACCUCAAGGACAUCACCGUCAUCUCGGGCUACCUGAGGGUCAGCUAUUCGGAGCCGCUCGUCUCUAUGAACUUCUUGCGAAACCUGCAGGUCAUUGGCGGACGCACUCUCGAGUCCAGGCAAUACUCGCUGUACUUUCUUCAGAACGUGAACCUGCAGUCGCUGUGGCCCAACACGACCAAUCUGACGGUGAAGCGCGGCCGGGCGUUCUUCCACUUCAACCACCAGCUGUGCCUGGACAAGAUCCAUUCGCUGCUGGCGCAGCUCAACAUAUCCACCGAGGACAAUGUGGAUGUCGGCCCGAUGACCAACGGAGACCAGAUCGCCUGCCAGCGGCUGAACAUCAGCGCCUCUGUGAAGAAGACCUACUCAACGUCUGUUCUGCUGGAGUGGGACAACUUCCGUCGCAACGUGACCGAUUUCCGCUCGCUGCUCGGCUAUAACGUCUACUUCCGCGAGGCGCCGCACCGCAACCUGUCCAUGUUCACCGGCCGAGACGCGUGCGGCAGCGACCCCUGGAAGGUGAUCGACUUUCCGAACACGGAGAUGGGUCCGACGCCAACCAAGGACAAGAACGGCACGCUGGUGCAGGGCGAGCACGCCCCCGUCCAGGAGAUGCUGACCAAGCUACUGCCGUUCACGCAGUACGCCUUCUACGUGGAGACCAUGAUGGCGCUGACGUCGCCCAACACCACCACUGGCCGCUCAGACAUCGUCUACUUCACCACCACAGAGAGCAGGCCGAGCGUGCCGCGUAACCUGGUACUGGAGCAGGUGAAGGUGGUAACGCUGGGUAGCGGCGGCGGCGGGCCGCGGCUCGAGUCGCUGCUGGUCAGCUGGGACCCGCCGCAGCUGCCCAACGGUAUCAUCACAGAGUACGAGGUGGUCGCCAGCCACAACGACGCCAAGGAGACCAUGCUGCCCGACAACAACUUCUGCAGCAGCGGUCUGUCGUCUGAGCCGCGGCCCGUGGUCACCACCCCCAAACCGACCACCACGACCACACCCAAGCCUCAGUGCUGCGCGUGCCCGGCCGAGGGCGCCCCUCCGGAGACAGGCGGGCCGACCAUCGACCAGCGGAAAACCACCGACCAGAUCUACUUCGAGAACCUGCUGCAAAACUCCAUCUUCGUGCGGAGGUCGUCCAAACGCAAGGCGGGCACCAGCACUGUCCCGACGGGUCGCCGCCGGCGGAGCAUUGACGGCGAGCCACUGGCCAACAACAUCACCAUCGGCAACACCAGCGUGCACCAGGACGGAGAGGGGCGCACCAACGCCACCAACGUCACCGGGCCCUGCGUCGACCGACAGGGAGCCUGGUGUAAAAAGUACCAGAUCCGUCUGCCAGCCAACGAGACCAAGAACAGCACCGUUCUGCACGAGCUGCGCCACUUUGCCGAGUACACAGUGAAGGUGCGCGCGUGCCAGAACCCCAACAGCAGCGGAGAGCGACUCUGCAGCCACUACACGAUCGCCAGCAAGAAGACCAGGAGCAAUCCGGCCGCCGACGCGCUGCAGCGACCGCCGACCAUCUCUAACCACACUGUGGGCGGUCACGUGACCCUCAACUGGAUGGACCCGCCCGACCCGAACGGCGGAUCGGUGCUCAGCUACGUCAUCUACACACAGCGCAUGGACGACGAGCGCGUCAAGGACCCCACCAUGAUUCGCAAGUGUGACCUGAUCAAGUGCAAGAGCCCGCCGUGUGAGCGUAAACACGAGGUGCAGCUGUCGCCGGGUAACAACAGUCUGCGCGUGCAGGCGGUGACGGCCGCCGGCCACGGCCCGUUCUCCGAGCCCGUCUUCUGGGUGGUGGAGGCUCCACACGGCGCCCUCUCGGCCAACACCAUCGUCGGCAUUGUGCUGGGCCUGCUGUGUGUCCUGAUCGUCUGCUCGGUAGCCGUCAUAGUCGUCUACAAGCGGGUCGCCAAGCAGUCGAUCGACAACAUCUACACCUCGUGGAACCCCUACUACGGCGGCCAGAUCUCGUACCAGCCGGACGACUGGGAGGUGGACAUCGAGAAGGUCCACUUCGACCACGUCAUCGGCAAGGGCUCGUUCGGCAGCGUGUACGAGGGCACGGCGCUGCUGAGGAUGUCGCGCGACGGGCCCGACGACACUGAGCACAUGUGUCGCGUCGCCAUCAAGACGCUGCUGGAGGACGCCAGCAUGUACGACCGGCAGGCGUUCCUGUCGGAAGCCAGCCUCAUGAAGGGUUUCAACUGCUACCACGUGGUGCGUCUGAUGGGCAUCGUGUCCAACAUGAACACCAAGUCGUCGGACAGCAUCCCGCGGCCGCCGUUCGUCAUCAUGGAGCUGAUGUCGCGCGGCGACCUCAAGUCGUACCUGCGCAGCAUGCGGCCGGAGGAUGACGGCGUCUCCGUACCGGAACACUGCCCAGUGCUGCCGCACAUCUACCAGAUGGCGAUUCAGAUUGCCGAUGGCAUGGCGUACCUGACCCAGAUGAACUCGGUGCACCGCGACCUGGCCGCGCGGAACUGCAUGGUCACCGAGGACAUGACCAUCAAAAUCGGCGACUUUGGCAUGACCAGGCACCUCUACGAAAAGAACUACUACAAAAAGGGCGGCAAGGGCCUGCUGCCAGUGCGAUGGAUGGGCCCCGAGUCGCUGCGAGACGGCCGCUUCACCUCGCAGAGCGACGUCUGGAGUUUCGGCGUAGUACUCUGGGAGAUGUGCACGUACGCCGCCCAGCCGUACCAGGGACUCACCAACGAGGAGGUCAUCCACCACGUGCUCACGCGCAACCGGAUGGCGCGGCCGGCCAACUGUCCGGAGCGGCUUUACGAGCUCAUGUACCGGUGCUGGGAGUACCGGCCCGACGACCGGCCCACCUUCAUCAAGCUGGUCCAGGAGCUGCUGAACUACGACAUCGGUGACGAGUUCGCCAAGCACAGCUUCUACCACACGCAGUGGCCGCAGAUGGUGGCCGAGGCGGAGGCGCGCGAGGAGGCCGAGCCCACGGUGCUGACGCCGCUCACCCACGGCCUGUCCGACGCGCCCGUCGGCCUGGGCCGCCGGCCGCGCAUCGCCGAGGCCGAGGACCUCAGUGACGAGGAGUGUGAGAUGGAGGUGCGCGCGCGGCCGGCGGCGCGCCAGCCGCGCCCGCUGGCCGACCCCGAGGCGGCCAACUACGCCGAGUUUGAGGAGAUGCGCCGCAACGGCGGCCACGGCUCGCUCUCGUCGGCCGAGAACAGCAAGGCGCACAGUCUGCAGUUCUCCUCGAGCGACGGCAGCAAGGGCAGCAAGGCCAGCAACGGCAGUGCGCGGAACGGUUACAUUGCCGGCGGCGGCCUGAGCCAUGUGCAGAGGACUGCCGAGUGCUAGUGGACGGUGCGCGCGUGUGUGUGACGAGUUCGUUGUUUUGAGUACAAACCUCACUGAAGCUCCAAUAGCUUAUUGAAUAGUGCUUGUUUUUUUACAGCUACCUCGUACGUUUUGUCCAGGGACCAUUCGUGAGAGCUAUAAGAAAAGAUCUAUGUAGCCGAAUUUGUCUGAGUUUUCGACAUAUCCUGAACUGGAGCGGCGCAUGUCGGGCCCCGAGCCGGCGUCCGGUGCGCCGGCGCCCCAGUCCGCUGAGACCAGUGCUCUCCUAAUUUGCUCAUCAUAGGAAUGCCGAACUAGUCACCGAGUCCUCACGACGGCGGCCGCGUGUCGGGCCGGGCGCCGCGUGGUGUGGCGCGCGGCACACACCCACACACGAGACACACCGACCCGUUCAGUUCCUGUGACUGUGCCAAACGAGCCUGGCGACCGACCGCGCGCGCCGCCGCCCCGCUCCGCCCGUCUGUCUGUCCGUCUCUGGCCUCUCUCUCGGUUGUGAAUCGGCCUGCUCUCCGUUCGGUCCCGGCGCUGCUCCGUUGCGUGUGUUGCCGCCCGUGUCGUGCUUUUGUAUUCGUUUAGCUGUGGGCUGCCAGUCAGGCGGGCCGAAGUCUGUCGCCGUGCUGCGCCGUGCCGCGCCGCGCGGCAUAGAGACCACGUUGUGAUGUACAUUUGCUGGCGUCAUUUGCGGCGAGCCUGUGUGCGCCACUGAGUGUCGCGCCGUCGCCGAACGCUGCCGCGCCACCUUCCGUACUCAUCUUCAGUGUUCAGUGUGGAGAGGCCCGGCGCGGGUCUGUGUAGUGUCCAUCCAUGGCGCGCGCCGCCGCCGCCGCCGCCGCCGCCGCCGACCGACCGACCGUCACCGUCACAGUAGAUGUGCUAAACUGAACUCGCGAGUGAGGGCGCGCGUGGUCGGCCGGCCGGCGCGCCGCGCCCCGGCGGCCGGCCGGCGCGGCGGCGCGAUGGUUCCCAGUGCGUGGCCGUGGUCGGCUGCCUCAUCCUGUGUCGACAUCCGGCAGCUAACGACACGAGAGCGCAGUUCAUAUUUAACUUGUAUUUGGUAAGCAAACGGGUAAAUAUAUACGGCACUCGUCCGUCUAACGGAG